AUGAGUUUUCUUGAUUCGGUUCUCUCGUCCCUCCAGACGGGCAAACCCUCGCCCCUCCCGCCUUCCCAGGUGCCAGCUGCGCCAGCGCCAUCCGCAGUUCCCAGAAGAGACGAGCGGAAGCCAAGUGCUGUGCGACAGCCAGCCCUUCCAAGUAGCAAUGUCGGUGGAGGUCUGAAGCGCAAGGCCGAGGACCAGCUGGCUCGGCCAGUGAAGCCUGAAACGAAAGUGGCGAGCAAGCCCGCAAUCACGAAACCCACUGCUAUUGCUACCAGGCCACCUAUUUCAUCUGCGCCAGCCAAAGCUAUGUCCAAGCCGGCCUCCACCCUUACUUCCAGGCCAGCACCAGCCAAGCCUCACCCCUCCAAACCCCCGCCAAAGGGAUCUUUCGCCGAGAUAAUGGCAAAGGCACAGGCUUUGCAAGACAAAGCCCCUGCACAUGCCGGUACGUUCCGACACCAGGCGGUCCCGAAGGAAAGACUCAGCAAACUCGAGCGCAAGAAACGGGCCAUGGAAGAGCAGGCUAAAGAAAAGGAAGCCCGCUCUGGAAAGAAGCCCCUACCCGGCGGUACUGGCAAGGACAAGCUUGCCGCCACAAAGCGCAGCUCCGACGGCCCAUCUUACAAAGGCACGGCCAAACCUGCCAAGAAAGCACCCGAGCCGCCUACUUAUCGUGGUACUGCGGGCUUGCCGUCUAGCCGCGGCGGAGGUGACCGCAGACACCAGUCCCGCGGCCGAUCUCGCGCAAAUGAAUACCUCGGAACUGACGAAGAAGACGAGGGCGACUUCGGUGGCUAUGGUGGCUAUGAUGAUUAUUACUCCGAUGAAUCUUCCGACAUGGAGGCUGGACUAGACGAUGUGGAUCGCGAAGAGGCCGCGGCGUUGAAGUUCGCCAAACGGGAGGACGAGGAAGAGCUGCGCCAGGAGACAGAAGCAAGGAACGAGAAGUUGGCGCGCCAGCGGAAGCUGGCUGCUCUUGCCUCUCGGAAGCGUUAA